CCCUUUUUACUAAUAGUCCACUAUACUCGGUUGCUCUGAUUUCUUCUCAAGGUUCUGUUGAAAUUUGUAGAAUUUGAAUUUGAGUUUAAUAUUUUGGCCAGAAAUUUGUUGAUUUCUUCAAGUUUUGGAUUAAUCUGCUGCUGAUUUGUAUGGUGGUUCAUAUACUCGAGAAGAGAUAAAUGCAAUCACGAUUGAAAUCAUGCCUAAAACAUUACACAAAUAAAUCUAGUUGUUGAGGAGAAAGAUGAUUAAAGGAUCAAGAAAUUCAACAUAACACAAUUCUCUAUUUAUGCCUAAAACACUUGCUGUUAUUGAUGACAAAUAAAUGUCUUUGAAUAGAGAUAAUGUGUUUCAGGAAGUUGCUUCUGGCGAUAUUCCCUACUCCGAGUUACGAAUGUCAGAAAAAGCAGAGCUUGCAGCGGUGAGGGCGUACUUUGGAGUGCCGUGGCCGCAACGUAAUGAGGGAUUAUCCUACCAUGACAUCGUCCGACCCACCGAUGCUGGUCUUACAUUGAUCGAAUUCUACUUUAGGAAGUACAAAAAUUCAGCUCCUUUACAAGGUUGGUUGCAGAGAAUUCAAAAUAAACAGAUAACAAUUGAUGGUAAAGUUGUUAUCUUACCAGAUACUGAACUCAGAGCAGGUGCUGAAUUAGUAUAUCAUCGCCUUCCUUGGAGAGAACCUGAUGCACCUUACUUGCUAGAAGUACUAUUUGAAGAUGACUACUUGAUUGUUGUAAAUAAACCUUCUGGUUUGCAAGUUCUUCCUGGAGGGUUAUAUCAGCAGCGGACCGUCUUGACGCAACUCCAGUGGCAUGCAUGUAAGCUGACAACCACUUCGUCAGGUUGUCAAAAAACACAUCCAGUCCCAGUUCAUCGCUUAGGAAGGGGUACAUCAGGAAUACUGCUCUGUGCAAAAACAAAGCUUUGUAAAUCUCGCCUUGCAGCAUAUUUUGCUGAGGGGACGUCAGUUGUUGAAGAAAAAUGCACCAACUCAGAGUGCAAUACAAUGAGGAAGAUUUGCAAGAUAUAUCGGGCGCUAGUAAGUGGUGUGAUGGAUAUGGAUGAGGCUGUCAUCAAGCAACCAAUUGGUACAAUUAAAUAUCCUGGAGUUGCUAAAGGGUUGUAUGUUGCUUCUCCUUCAGGGAAGCCAGCUUUGAGCAGUGUUCGCGUUCUUGAAAGAGAUUCAGAGAGUAACUGCACAUUGGUUCAGGUUGAAAUUCAAUCUGGAAGGCCACACCAAAUCCGCAUCCACCUCUCUUUCAUAGGAUAUCCACUAAUUGGUGAUCCUCUUUAUGUAUCUGGUGGGCAACCGAAGUGCUUUCAUCCUGAAUUAUUGGAUGAAAGUUUUGAGAAAGAUGGUGGCUAUCAAAGACCUGAGAAUCCUGUUCCUGGAGACUGUGGAUAUAACCUGCAUGCCCAUCAAAUAGGUCUUAUUCACCCAAUAACAAAUGAGCUUAUCAAAAUUACAGCACCUCUUCCAGCUAUCCUUCAAACACGAGAUGAACGCGAGGCAAACCAGCCAAACUCCAGCUAGUAUGAGAUGAUUUAUAGACACAGAAAGAUAGACAAAGUUGCCAGUAUUGAGCAUUACCUGUUGUUUCGCUCAUUAGUUUCACUUUACUGUUUUUAAACAUCUCCAUUUCUGUUUUUCCCAUGAAUAUUUUCUGUUGUUCCUUUUUCCCCUUUUAUCGAUACGUAUAUUUCUCAUUUGAUGCAUUUUUAAUGAUAAACUGAAUCGUCAUUAUAUUAUUAUA